AUGGGGUGCUGUGGCUGCGGAAGUUGCGGCGGCUGCGGCGGCGGCUGCGGCGGCGGCUGCGGCGGCUGCAGUAGUGGCUGCGGCGGCUGCGGCGGCUGCAGUAGUGGCUGCGGCGGCGGCUGCGGCAGCUGCACCACCUGCAGGUGCUACCGGGUGGGCUGCUGCUCCGGCUGCUGUCCCUGCUGCUGCGGCUGCUGCGGGGGCUGCUGCAGCGUCCCCGUGGUCUGCUGCUGCCGCCGCUCGUGUGGCUGCGGCUCGUGCGGCUGCGGGAAGGGCUGCUGCCAGCAGAAGUGCUGUUGUCAGCAGAAGUGCUGUUGCAAGAGGCAGUGCUGCAGCUAA